AUGGUCUGGAUCCAUGCUGCUGUUGCAAUUUUAGUAAUUCUUCUUACAAUUCUCCAAAGAAUUCGACUAGCAAAAAAGCAUCGGCGCAUUGAUUUGAAUGCGAAACUGUCGAGACAGCGUAAGGAAAGAGCGAUCAAUUUCGAAAGUGCCAGGAAUAAUGCCGAGAAAAUUGAUCCAGAAAAAGCCGAAGCGAUUCUUUCGUGGAGUUUUGAGGAACUCAAAAGAAAACUACAAAAUGGCGACAUAAGUUGUACAGAUGUACUGAGGGCGUACCAGAAAGCUGCCCUUUCGUCCACAGAACGCACCAAUUGUGUGUGCAUGUUUAUGGAGGAUGCUAUCGAAAGAGCAAAGCAGUUAGAUGAACAAGCGGCAAUGCCAGGAUUUCAGAAGCCUGCAUUGUUUGGUAUUCCAGUCAGCAUAAAAGAAAACAUAAGGGUGAAAAAUAUGUGUUCAACCUUAGGAUUCGUGCAAGAGCUAUACACUCCUUCUUCUAGAAAAAACGCUGUGCUUGUGGAUCAACUUCUACAUCAUGGAGUAACAACGAAUCCGUAUAACCCGGAACGCGUCCCCGGAGGUUCAUCCGGUGGUGAAGCAGCGCUUAUCGCUACAGGCGGUAGUGUGCUCGGUAUUGGAACAGAUAUCGGUGGCUCCAUAAGGAUUCCGAGCACUUUCUGCGGAAUCGCUGGCUUUAAGCCUUCAUCACUUCGUGUCUCACACAUGUUCACCCCGUCAACACUUCCUGGUCGACAGAUGCUCAUAUCCAAUGAAGGUCCCAUGGCUAGAAAAAUUGGCACAUGUAUUGAAUACUACAAAGUAAUUUGGUCGGAUCAUUACCUUAACAAUAAGGAUCCGUUCGUGCCGCCAGUAAAAUGGCAAGAGGAGAUGUUCAAUUCACAGAAGAAGCUAAGAAUUGGAUUUUAUACUCAUGACGGAUUCGUCACUCCAGCUCCAGCCAAUCAGCGAGCUGUAAUAGAAGCGAAGAAGAUUCUAGAAAGCUACGGCCAUACAUUGGUACCAUUCUCAAUUCCAAAUGCGGAGCAAAUGUUCCAGUUGUUUAUGGGAAGUGUUUCACCGGAUGGAGGGAAAUUCUUGAGUAAAAGACUUAAACGAGAUAUUGUUUUGCCUGAAUGUAGGCUACAUCCGAUAAUGUUGCUCCCAGUCCCACUACAACGACUGAUAGCACGGCUUUUUAUCAGAUAUCCACGAAUGAAAGCGGUUCUCACAUCGGUCCCAAACAACUGUCAAGAUUUGAAUAGCGUUUACGGAAGAAUCGAGAAGUACCGCUCUGAUUUUAUAACACAGAUGAUGGCACAGAACAUUGACGCUCUCCUCUGCCCAGCUAUGGGAGUUUAUCCGUUGAAAAAAGGAAUGCCCAACAAACUUUUUGUUGGAUGCUGCUACACGGCACUUUUUAAUGUCUUGGAUUAUGCUGCUGGUGUAAUCCCAUUCACAAAAGUCAACGAAUCUGAUGAGGAGGAACUUGCAUCAUAUCCAGAAAAUGACCCAUGGGACAAGCUCAUUAAGUCGGAUUCCAAGGAUUGUGUGGGUCUGCCCGUUGGCAUACAAAUUGCUGUGCCACCAUAUAGAGAAGAACUCGCUCUCCGCCUUCUCAAGCAGAUCGAAUCCCACAUGAUCGAAAGAACGGCCGAUAUUGACCAUGACUGA